AUGCACUUGACCUGCCCUUCCGUUCGUGCAGUUCCAUCUCAUCAACCGCGACCGAAUUUGUUCCAUCCGUACGAAUCAUUCAUUCCCAGUCAAACGGUCAAAACAAACGGGCAUCGGGACCUGGAGAACGGGUCGACCGUGAUCUCAAACGAUCCGGCGGGCAUCCUGUUCGGUUGCCUGUUCUUUCAGCCCACACACCAGUGUCUGAAUGGGCUUCAACUCCCAGCCGCACCGUUUCUCUUCGGUCAUCUGUUCUAUCGAACCGAGGCGUACUGGGCCAAAUAUCUUCCCUUGCGAUUGUUACUUCGUCUGGGUAAAUCUAUGCGACACUAUCCUACUCCGUUGUUGUGCGACUUAGAUCGCGAGCCGGUGUUUGAUUGUGAUCGUGGAGCCGGUGUACUGCCCUGGUUGCCCACUCUGACUGGGUCAAGAUGCACGCCGCUGGGAUUUUUGGAUCCGGCGGAUAUGACUUCCGCAUCCGCCAAACCGACCCUAUUGCAACGCAUUUCCGGUCUGCGAAUUCGUCUCGUCUCGUUACCCCGAUCCAAUACCCAAAUGCCCGGUGCCAAAUUGGAACUAUAUGUAAGUCUCAUUCAUGAUAUCAUCGUUGUACAUCUUGUUAAAAUCACUGGUUGCUGUUUCUCCCAUUCGUAUCGAAAUGCUCCGGGUGCACUUAAUUGA